AUUAUUUAUUUAUUAACGCCCUCAAGUUACAUACCCUUGUAAAUAUUGAUCAAACGAUUGACCACGGUUUAAUUGAAAUGAUUUGUAUGUUAUCAGUCUAUAUAUAAACAGGGAAGUAAAUUGAAUGACGUUUUACAAAGAAAACGAUAUCUUAUAAGUUACGUGAAAAUGUAAAUGGAAUAACAAUUAUAGAAAAUGAGCGGAUAUAAAACCAAGUUAAUUGUUGCUGCCAUAGAUUUUGGAACAACAUAUUCAGGAUAUGCUUAUUCGUUCAAAGAUGAAUACAAAAAGGAUCCAUCGAAGAUAUUUGCCAACAACAGUUGGUCUGACGGUACUAGUAUGAGGACGUCAAAGGCACCUACUGUUAUUUUAUUCGACAACAAAGGAAAAUUCAAUUCGUUUGGAUAUGACGCCGAGACAAAGUAUGCAGAACUUUCUGAAGAUGAAGAACAUAUUGGCUGGAAGUAUUUUAGGUGUUUCAAAAUGAAAUUAUACGAAAAAAUGAAUCUUCGGCGGAAAAUGAUGCUUUCAGAUGACCAGGGAAAUCGAAUGCCAGCCUUAGAUGUUUUUUCUGAAGCAAUUAAAUACUUAAAGGACCAUCUUAUGAAAAAAGUGCAAAGCAGAAUUGAAGAUAUACGUGACACUGAUAUACAUUGGGUUCUUACAGUACCCGCAAUAUGGCAUGAUGGCGCUAAACAAUUUAUGAAAGAAGCAGCAGCAAAGGCAGGAAUUCCAGAAGACCAACUGACAUUGGCUUUGGAACCAGAAGCAGCCGCCAUAUAUUGUAAGGAAUUGAUGGUUUCAAAGGCGAAAGAGCAAAAUGAGGAAGCAAACUUACAGAUUUUUGAUCCGGGUUCUCAGUUCAUAGUGCUAGAUUUAGGAGGCGGAACAGUUGACAUAACUGUUCAUGAAGUACAAAGUGAUGGUACUCUAAAGGAGCUGCACCCUCCGAGUGGUGGACCCUGGGGUGGUACAGUUGUUGACAAAGGGAUACAUAAAUUUUUAGACGAGCUGUUUGGUAAAGAUGUUAUGGCAGAAUUCAAAGAAGAGAGCGAAUAUAAAGUAGAUGAUCUUGAUUUACAGAGAACCAUUGAGUUAAAGAAAAGAAAGUUCAAGGAUGACGAAGACAAAGUCAAACUUAAGUUGCCAGUGGCGAUGUACGAACACUUUGAAGGGAAAACAAGCACAAGUUUCGCAUCAACUUUACCGAUGACAAAGUUUGCUCGCUCUGUAACAAAGAAAAAAGACAGGCUCAUUAUUGAAAAUGAUAUAUUCCUGCAAAUGUUUAAAAAUCCAAAAGACUGUUUAGUGAAUCAUGUUGAAAAUAUGCUUCGAAAACCUGCACUUCGAAAAGUGAAAAAUAUAAUAAUGGUUGGUGGAUUUUCAGAGUCUGAAAUAAUGAAGAAUGCCGUAAAACAUGCCUUUCCUACAAAGAAAAUAAUAGUUCCAGACCAACCAGAAAUAGCCGUUGUGACGGGUAUGUAUAUGAUUUGACUUUACUUCAAUACGAGGGAUGAUCCGGAAUGUGUUUAUAGUUUUAAUAAAUUUAAUGUUUACUUAAAUAGAUAUAUACAUGCGCAAAAAAUUAAUAAGCACGGAAACGCCACAGCGGCGCAGCUCAAAAACGUUGAUUCGUUGAUUUUUUUUUUAUUUUA